UCCCUCACCCAGACAGACUCACCUCCUACAGGUGGACAAGGACAGAGAAGACUGGGAGAGGCUGCCCAUGAGCCCCCGGCCCUCCACCCUCCUGGGCCUCGUGCUCUGCCUGGGCCAGACGAUCCACAUGCAGGAGGGGGUUUGGCCCAAACCCUCCCUCAGGGUCCAGCCAGGCCCUGUGGUCCCCCGGGGACGGCCUGUGACCUUGGUGUGCCGGGGCCCAGCUGGGGCUGAGUUAUUCCGCCUGGAGAAGGAUGGAAAACAUGAAUAUUACGGUCAGAAAAGCGAGUCUCAAGAUGGUUGGCAGGGGACAAAGGCCAGAUUCCACUUCCCCACGGUGAGUGAAGACAUGGCUGGGCGUUAUCGCUGCCGCUAUCACCAAGAUUCCCUCUGGUCUGAGCACAGUGAGCCCCUGGAGCUGAAAAUGACAGAGGAGGACUCCACUCCGCCCUCAGGUGGGUCCCAGGGCCCUGCAACCUGUCCCAGCCUCGUCUCUGUCCUCGGGCUCCCUACCCUCCUGCUCACCCCCUGCCCUGGGGCUCCCCUCCCUCUGCACACACGGCCCUCAGCCUUCACCCCUGGCUCAGGGCCCUGGAGUCUGGUCCCAUCUGGACACCACAGUGGUCUGGACCCUGAGCCCCGCAUCAGAGGGGACACAGAGCUGUCCUGCUGGGAUGGGUGGGGCCUGAGUUUCCAGCCACCAGGCCCCGCCUCCCGGGAUUACACUGUGGAGAACAGCAUUCGCUUGGGCCUGGCGGGCGUGGUCUUGCUGAUCCUGGUGGUGAUUCUGGUGGAAGCUGGGCUCAGCCAGCGUAGGGCCCCACAGGGACCACAGGAGUAAACACAAGGGAGCCCCCCAGCAAGAGGGGACCCCAGAGCACCAGGAGGGAUCUCACCGAGGGCCCGAGGCUCACCCUGGAGCCCAGAUGACCAGAGCCGCCCCCGCUGUUGUUCAAGGACAAGAGAACCCAGGCCCAUGUGGGUUAGGAUGCUUGGCCUCAACCUUCAUCUUCCCAGGACCAUUGAGAGGAGUCAUCUUGAUUGACAGGCAGACACACAGGGCAGUGCCCCACAGGAAACAAACACAGAUGGAGGCAGGACAGAUACGACCAUGUUAUCCAGCCUGACCACGGAGCGAACCACGCAGAAAUAACAAUGAUUGAGAUUCAGAGGGGAGACACGUGAAACUAGGAAGGGGCUGUAACACUAAGGUUCAGGUCUGCUUCUGGUCAAGAACAAUUGAGAGAAUCAAUCAGGUGUCCACAGUGGGAGACAGAGAGCAGGUUUGUAGCAAAUAUGUACCCCUAGACCACAGGCUUCAGUGGCAACCAUGACUGAGCCCUCUCCCCAUGCAGGGAGUCUGAAUCUGCUUGCAAUAAAGUUUCCCCACAUUUGCUUC